AUGCGUGUGGAUUGUGUGAGGGAUGAAUUCUAUAUAUGGUAUCCUGACGCGUGGUCGUUCAUCGGUGGCCAGGCCUCUGCUGUCGACCGCGAGUGUCAUCAGUCUUGCAUACUGGUACUUAUAGUUGAGCCAGUGCCGGCACUAUCGUCCCCAUUCUUGAUAUCGUCCAGUCCUCCGUCACUGCCUCACAGUGGUAAUUUCGACAAGAUGACCAUGUCGACGCCUAAAGCCAAUACCAAUACGUCCCCAGCCCCUCGCAGGUGGCAGACUCAACCCGUUCCCGGGUCGCACCAUGUCUUGGGAUACCUCAUGACCAAGUCUAUGACUCGCCCUUUCUGCGACAAGUAUUGCCCAUUACCUGAAGAUGCAUCCGAGCGCGAAGAAGAAAUCCAUUUCAGGUCGAUGCGAAGUUACCUACCGCAGCUGCUCCCCCCCGAGUAUGGCCUCGAGAACUUGGAGAGUGUACUCGUUUAUGUGGACAAGAAGCGCAUGAGUAUGGCCAGGCUCCUAGAACCAUCCGUCUCGCGUCCUCGAUCCUCUCUGCUAGGGCGUGUGUGA